CGCACAGUUAGAAACGAAGACGAUGUUGAAUAAUUGCCGCUAAUCCAUUUGUAGAUCGACAGCUGUAUCUCUCGUCGGUCUCUCGGUUACAACUGGCGAGCAUGCCUAUAUAUAUUAGAUAUAACCGUUUGCGGCGUCAUGUCUCUGCUGGACCACAUCAACACAGAAAUGGCCCGUAACAUCUCUGAUGCUACAUCACUAACGUAAUAUACAUGUGCACACCUGAAUCCACCACAAUGGGAUGCAUCAGAGCUUAUCUACAGAAAGUGAGAGACAGAAUGAAAGUGGACCUACUCAGAGAACUAGGCCGCCAGUAUCCAGUCUUCUGCUUUCUACUGCUGAUCCUCCUACUGUCCACUGUCCUAUUAAACAAAUAUAUACACAUUAUAAUGGUCUUUUGGUCCUUUCUGGCUGGAGUGGUCACUUUUUACUGCUCUUUGGGGCCAGAGUCAUUGCUACCCAACAUCUUGGUCUCCAUUAAGCCAAAGGUCAAGUCCUACCAACAGGAGCUAUUUCCACUGGGUCACAGUUGUGCUGUUUGUGGAAAAAUCAGGUGCAAAAGGCACAGACCGACUUUAUUACUGGAAAAUUAUCAGCCUUGGCUUGACCUGAAAGUUCCUUCUAAGGUGGAUGCCUCUCUCUCAGAGAUUUUGGAACUAGUUUUGGAGAACUUUGUAUACCCUUGGUAUAGAGACAUCACAGAUGAUGAGGCAUUUGUUGACGAAUUGAGAGUGACCUUACGUUUCUUCGCAGCUGUAUUGGUCCGUCGUACCCAAAAGGUUGAUGUGGCAUCCCUUAUCACGCGAAAGCUGCUCAAAGUUUCCAUGAAGCACAUUGAAAUAAUCGGAAAAGCAAGACAGAAAGUGAAGAAUGCCGAGUAUCUCCAGCAAGCCGCCCUGGAGGAGUAUGGCCCUGAUCUCCAUGUAGCACUACGCAGUCGCAGAGAUGAGCUUCUUUACCUGAGGAAGCUGACAGAGAUGCUCUUCCCCUACAUCCUGCCACCCAAGGCCUCAGACUGCAGAUCUCUUACUCUCCUGAUGAGAGAAGUCUUGGCUGGUUCUGUCUUCCUUCCCUCCAUGGACUACUUGGCUGAUCCUGACACGGUGAAUCAUCUGAUCCUGAUAUUCAUUGACAACUCUCCUCCUGAGGAAGCCACAGAACCCACCUCGACCUCAGUUCCUUUCUUGCAGAAGUAUUCUGAUCCUCGUAAUAAAAAGCCCUCAGUACUGAAGCUGGAGCUGAAGGAGAUCAGGGAGCAGCAGGACCUGCUCUUUCGUUUCAUGAAUUUCCUAAAGCAAGAGGGGGCUGUCCAUGUGCUCCAGUUUUGCCUUACUGUUGAGGAAUUCAAUGACAGGAUCCUGUGUCCAGAGCUGUCAGACUCGGAGAAGAUAAUGCUCCACGAGGAGGUGAAGAAGAUUUAUCAGACCUACUGUUUGGAUGAAAGCAUCGACAAGAUCCGCUUUGACCCCUUCAUAGUCGAAGAAAUACGCAACAUCGCUGAGGGCCCGCAUGUGGAGGUGGUGAAACUACAGACGAUGAGAUGUUUGUUUGAGGCCUAUGAGCAUGUCCUGUCUCUCCUGGAGAAUGUUUUCACCCCCAUGUUCUGUCACAGUGAUGAGUACUUCCGCCAGCUUCUUAGAGGAGCUGAGUCCCCUGCCAGGAACUCCAAAAUGAGCAGUUCCUGGGACUGGAGCCCCGAGUCACCGUCCUCCCUGUUCACCGCCUCUGGCAGCUCUUCACCUGCAUCCUUUAACUCCUUCCAUGUCCAGUCCACGUUCACAACCUCCCCAUAUGGCUCGCUAACCCACCGCCACUCCUCACCAAAGAACACAUCCAAACGGGGGGAGUCCUUCGGCAUCAGUCGCAUCGGCAGUAAGAUAAAAGGAGUGUUCAAGAGCACCACCAUGGAGGGAGCCAUGCUACCAUCCUAUGGACUAGUAGAGGGGGAGGAUGAUAUGGUGGAGGAGGCCAUGAUGGUGCUGGAAGAUGACUCUCCUGUGGAGGCGGCGUCUACCCCGAGUACACCCCGCAACCUGUCUGCUUGGAACAUCACCAUCCCUUACAUUGACUUCUAUGAUGAUGAUGUGAAGCGGGAGAGAAUACCUGUUUUCUGCAUCGAUGUGGAGCGCAACGACAGAAAAGCAGUUGGACAUGAGACUGAGCACUGGUCUGUUUACAGAAGAUACCUGGAGUUCUACGUCCUUGAAUCGAAGCUCACUGAGUUUCAUGGCUCUUUUCCAGAUGCGCAGUUGCCUUCCAAGAGAAUCAUUGGUCCAAAGAAUUAUGAGUUCCUCACAUCCAAACGGGAGGAGUUCCAGGAAUACCUUCAGAAACUUCUGCAGCACCCCGAGCUCAGCAACAGCCAGCUACUGGCUGACUUCCUGUCUCCUCACAGCAUGGAGUCUCAGUUCCAUGACAAGAUGUUACCUGAUGUCAACCUCGGGAAAAUCAUUAAGUCAGUGCCCAGCAAACUGAUAAAAGAGAAAGGGCAGCAUCUGGAGCCUUUCAUUCAGUCCUUCUUCAACUCUUGUGAAUCUCCCAAACCCAAACCCAGCCGCCCUGAGCUCACCAUUCUCAGCCCCACCUCCGAAAAUGAUAAAAAGCUCUUCAACGACCUCUUUAAAAACAACGCCAACCGGUCGGAGACGGCUGAGAAGAGACACAAUCAGAACUACUUCAUGGAAAUGAUCACAGUCGAAGGGGUUUAUGACUACUUAAUGUACGUGGGCCGGGCGGUGUUUCACAUCCCUGACUGGCUUCACCACCUGCUGAUGGGGGGGAGGAUCCUGUUUAAGAAUACACUGGAGGCAUACACAGACUUUUACCUUCAGUGCAAACUGGACCAGGUGGUUCAGGAGCACCGCCUCGUCUCACUCAUCACCCUCCUCAGAGAUGCAGUGUUCUGUGAGAGCAGUCAGUCGAGGUCUGCCCAAGACAAACAGAGAAGGGCAAAAAGAACAUUUGAGGAAAUGAUUAGCUACAUUCCAGAUUUCCUGGGAAAAUGCAUUGGAGAAGAGGCCAAGUAUGAAGGAGUACGUCUGCUCUUCGAUGGGCUGCAGCAGCCAAUUCUCAACAAACAGCUGACGUAUGUGCUUCUGGAUAUUGCCAUUCAAGAGCUUUUUCCUGAACUAAACAAGCAGGUGCAGAAGGAGAACUCUCUCAUGGCUCCCUGGAUGUAGAAGUGAACGGCACUAUGGGUAGGGACUGUCCUCACACUCGGGCGUAAGAUAUGUCUACUGCAAAGAUAAUGGAUGGUGAGGAUACUUAAGGCAACAAACAAUGUACAUCUGCAUUACACUUCUAGAGCUUGACCUUCUACUAGUCUGUGGUGAGAAGAGGGACACAGCUAGCAUCAAGGUUUCUUCAUCUCCCGUGCAUGUAAUAUAUUUUGUAAAAUAAAU